AAACGGCACACGUCUUUUCCUUCGUUCUUCCACAUACACCAGCUCAACAGUCUUCCGCGCCUCCUCAAACAUUCCCUCCCGCAUACAACCAGCCGUCGCUGUCCCAUGAAGUCGUUAUAACAUCCAUCAGGACCCUUACAGAGGACAUGCGCUCGGCUAUGGGCCGCCCUGUGCCUGUGGCACGCCAGGGUCUCGCACUGCUGCUGCUGUCAGGGUCUGCCACGCGCCAAACGCUCGGAAAAAGGGUCUGCUGCAGACUGUGUAGACGGUCGCUGUGCGAGUAUAGCAGGGCGCGAGAGCCGGCGAGAGCUUGGAGAAGGGCUGCGACGAGCAAUUACUGCGCGGCGCCCUGGGGAGUCGGCCGAGAAAGGGGUUUUGCUACUGUGUCUGGUGAUGCUUCGAGCCAUGGUCCCAUUGCGGAGUAUGAUGCGCGUGUUGCGAGUGGGCGGUUGCGCGACGACGAGCAUCAGAGGUCCAUAAUACAGAACCUCGAGAACCUGCACCGUGUGCUGGCGAGCUAUACGCCGCCGAAGGUCGUCCAUCCCUCCAUCGAAGCGCUCACGCCCCCGAAGCCAGGCUUGUUUGGCUCUCUGUUUGGCGCGCCGAAGAAGAGUCAGAAGACGGGCCCGCCCAUCCCAUCGGACAUGCCAAAGGGCCUAUACAUGUACGGCGAUGUGGGCAGCGGCAAGACGAUGCUCAUGGAUCUCUUCUACGAGACGCUCCCGCCGAACAUCAAGGCCAAGAACCGCAUCCACUUCCACAACUUCAUGCAGGACGUCCACAAGCAGCUCCACAAGAUGAAGAUGCAGCACGGCAACGACUUUGACGCCAUCCCCUUUGUCGCCGCCAGCUUUGCCGAGCGCGCGACGGUGCUCUGCUUCGACGAGUUCCAAUGCACAGACGUCGCCGACGCCAUGAUCCUCCGCCGCUUAAUCGAAUCCCUCAUGGCCCACGGCGUCGUCCUCGUCACAACCUCCAACCGCCACCCCGACGACCUCUACAAAAACGGCAUCCAACGCACCUCCUUCAUCCCCUGCAUCACCCUCCUCAAGUCCCGCCUCGCCGUCAUAACCCUCGACUCGCCCACCGACUACCGCAAAAUCCCGCGUCCGCCCAGCGGCGUCUACCACCACCCCCUCCUCGACCCUGCCGCCACCGCCCACGCCGAGAAAUGGUUCCGCUACCUCGGCGACUUUGAACACGACCCGCCGCACCCGGCCUGCCAUGUGGUCUGGGGCCGCGAGAUCCUGGUGCCGCGCGCGAGUGGCCGGGCGUGCUGGUUUACGUUUGAGGAGAUUAUCGGGCGGGCGACGGGCGCGGCGGAUUAUUUGGAGUUGGUGAGGUGUUAUGAGGGGUUUGUGGUGACGGGGGUGCCGGGCAUGGAUUAUCGGAGUAGGGAUUUGGCGAGGCGGUUUAUUACGUUUGUUGAUGCGGUUUAUGAGAGUCGGGUAUGUUUUGGCUUUUCUGGCUUGUUUGUCCUGUUUUCCUUUUUUUGUAUUCCCCGCCCGAAGCGUCGAGCAUUGAGCAUCAAGCGUAGCAUGGUGGAUUGCUGGUCUGGUGGUGUGUUGUGUGUUGUGUCAUAUCGACAUGGAUGCUGACCCGCAAACAAAAACAGGCCAAACUCGUCCUCACGUCCGCCGUCCCGCUCUCGCACCUCUUUGUCUCCCCCGCCGAACUCGACCAAUCUGCCUCUGAAUCCAGCACUACCUCCUCCUCCUCCUCAUCCUCGGCCGAAUCA